AGAGCCGAGCGGGCGGGCGGCGGGUGCGGAGCGGCGAGUGAGCGAGCGCGCGGCCGCCACAAAGCUCGGCGCCGCGGGGUCUGCGCGCGGCAUAGCUGGCCCGGCGCGGCGACUCCCUUCCAGGCUGGCGGGGCCCGGGCGCCCCGAGGCGGCGGCUUUCCCGGGCGUUCGGAGCGUUCCCAAGUUGAGAGCAAAGUUUGCUGGAGAAAACGCCGAGCCCGGGUCCUUUCUGCCUCGCGCUCCCCGAACCCGAGGGCAGCCCGCAGGCGUCAUGCCCGCACUCCUCCGCAGCCCGGGGCGCGCGUGAAGUCCCGGAGCCUUGGAGUCUGCGAGGACCCGAGGACCACGUCUGUGCUGGAGUUGCCCGAGCUCCUGGCUUCCUGCAUCCCGCCCCACGCCGGGCUCGGCGACAGAACCGAUCCCCGAGGAGCGUUGCCAUUCAAGAGGCUGCAGUGGCCGCAGCAGGCACCCCGGUUCACGAGCCCACUGCAGGCUGAAGGCGUUGCUGGCAGUCCAUGCCCGUAGAGGAGGUGUGCAGAUGGGAUUGACGUCCACAUGGAGAUAUGGAAGAGGACGGGGGACUGGCACCGUAACCAUGGUCAGCUGGGGUCGCUUCAUCUGCCUGGUUGUGAUCACCAUGGCAACUUUGUCCCUGGCCCGGCCCUCCUUCAAUUUAGUUGAGGAUACCACACUAGAGCCGGAAGAGCCACCAACCAAAUACCAAAUCUCCCAACCCGAAGUUUAUGUGGCUGCGCCCGGGGAGUCGCUUGAGUUGCGCUGCCUGUUGAGAGAUGCCGCCACGAUCGGUUGGACUAAGGAUGGGGUACACUUGGGGCCCAACAAUAGGACAGUGCUUAUUGGGGAAUACUUGCAGAUAAAAGGUGCCACACCUAGAGACUCCGGCCUCUAUGCUUGUACCGCUGCUAGGACUGUAGACAGUGAGACUGUCUACUUCAUGGUGAAUGUCACAGAUGCCAUCUCAUCUGGAGAUGAUGAGGACGACACCGAUGGCUCCGAGGAUUUUGUCAGUGAGAACAGUGACAACAAGAGAGCACCGUACUGGACCAACACUGAAAAGAUGGAGAAGCGGCUGCACGCUGUCCCUGCAGCCAAUACUGUCAAGUUUCGCUGUCCAGCUGGGGGAAGUCCAGCACCAACUAUGAGGUGGCUGAAAAACGGAAAGGAAUUUAAGCAGGAGCAUCGCAUUGGAGGCUAUAAGGUACGAAACCAGCACUGGAGCCUUAUCAUGGAAAGUGUGGUCCCAUCCGACAAAGGAAACUAUACCUGUGUGGUAGAGAAUGAAUAUGGGUCCAUCAAUCACACAUACCACCUGGAUGUCGUUGAGCGAUCGCCACACCGGCCCAUCCUCCAGGCAGGACUGCCAGCAAAUGCGUCCACUGUGGUUGGAGGGGACGUGGAGUUUGUCUGCAAAGUUUACAGCGAUGCUCAGCCCCACAUCCAGUGGAUCAAACACGUUGAAAAGAAUGGCAGCAAAUACGGGCCCGAUGGACUGCCCUACCUCAAGGUGUUGAAGCACUCGGGGAUAAAUAGUUCCAAUGCAGAAGUGCUGGCUCUGUUCAAUGUGACUGAGGCGGAUGCUGGGGAAUAUAUAUGUAAGGUCUCCAAUUAUAUAGGGCAGGCCAACCAGUCUGCCUGGCUCACUGUCCUGCCAAAACAGCAAGCUCCUGUAAGAGAAAAGGAGAUUACAGCUUCCCCAGACUACCUGGAGAUAGCCAUUUACUGCAUAGGGGUCUUCAUAAUCGCCUGCAUGGUGGUGACAGUCAUCCUGUGCCGAAUGAAGUCCACGACCAAGAAGCCAGACUUCAGCAGCCAGCCAGCUGUGCACAAGCUGACCAAGCGCAUCCCCCUGCGGAGACAGGUUUCUGCUGAGUCCAGCUCCUCCAUGAACUCCAACACCCCACUGGUGAGGAUAACAACACGCCUCUCUUCAACAGCCGACACCCCCAUGCUCGCAGGGGUCUCCGAGUAUGAACUGCCUGAAGAUCCAAAGUGGGAGUUUCCACGGGAUAAGCUGACGCUGGGCAAGCCCCUGGGGGAAGGUUGCUUUGGGCAAGUGGUCAUGGCUGAAGCUGUGGGAAUCGACAAAGAAAAGCCCAAGGAGGCCGUCACUGUGGCAGUGAAGAUGUUGAAAGAUGAUGCCACAGAGAAGGACCUUUCUGACCUGGUGUCAGAGAUGGAGAUGAUGAAGAUGAUUGGAAAACACAAGAAUAUCAUCAACCUCCUCGGAGCCUGCACUCAGGAUGGGCCGCUGUAUGUCAUAGUCGAGUAUGCCUCGAAAGGCAACCUCCGUGAAUACCUCCGGGCCCGGAGGCCGCCUGGGAUGGAGUACUCCUAUGACAUUAACCGUGUUCCCGAGGAGCAGAUGACCUUCAAGGACUUGGUGUCUUGCACCUACCAGCUGGCCAGAGGCAUGGAAUAUUUGGCUUCCCAAAAAUGUAUUCAUCGAGAUUUAGCAGCCAGGAAUGUUUUGGUAACAGAAAACAAUGUGAUGAAAAUAGCAGACUUUGGAUUGGCCAGAGAUAUCAACAACAUAGACUAUUACAAAAAGACUACAAAUGGGAGACUUCCAGUCAAGUGGAUGGCUCCAGAAGCCCUUUUUGAUAGAGUGUACACCCAUCAGAGUGACGUCUGGUCCUUCGGCGUGUUGAUGUGGGAGAUCUUCACUUUAGGAGGCUCGCCCUACCCAGGGAUUCCCGUGGAGGAACUUUUCAAGCUGCUUAAGGAAGGACACAGGAUGGAUAAGCCAGCAAACUGCACCAAUGAACUGUACAUGAUGAUGAGGGACUGCUGGCACGCAGUGCCCUCCCAGAGACCAACGUUCAAGCAGUUGGUCGAAGACUUGGAUCGCAUUCUCACUCUUACAACCAACGAGGAAUACUUGGACCUCAGUCAGCCUCUCGAACAGUAUUCACCUAGUUACCCCGACACAAGGAGCUCUUGUUCUUCAGGAGAUGAUUCUGUUUUCUCCCCGGACCCCAUGCCUUACGAACCAUGCCUUCCUCAGUAUCCACAUAUAAACGGCAGUGUUAAAACAUGAAUAGGUUUGUCCUCCUGUCCCUCCACAGGGCAGCACCAGGAACCUAGCUACACUGAGCAGGGGGCCAUGCCUCCAGGAGCUUGUUGUCUCCGAUUGUAUAUAUGGAUCAGAGGAGUAAAUAAUUGGAAAAGUAAUGUGCACACGUGUAAAGAAUCCAUGCAGUUGGAAACUUAUAAUCUUCACCAGGAGAAGAAGAAGGUUUCUGGGGGAAUGGACUGCCAUGGGCCACCACAUGCCCAUGACCCGCUGUGGGUACUGGCUGUGGACCAGCUGGACUCAAGGCAAACAUAUGUUCUGCCUUCCUUGUGAAUUUUGUAAUAAUUGGAGAAAAUAUAUGUCAGCACACACUUACAGAGCACAGUUGCAGUAUAUAGGUGCUGGAUGUAUGUAAAUAUAUUCAAAUUAUGUAUAAAUAUAUAUUAUAUAUUUACAAGGAAUUAUUUUUUGUAUUGAUUUUAAAUGGAUGGCCCAAAUGCACCUAGAAAAUUGGUCUCUUUUUUUAAAUAGCUAUUUGCUAAAUGCUGUUCUUAUACAGAAUUUCUAAAUUUUCACCGAACAGAGGUGGAAAAGUACUUUUUCUUUCAGGGAAAAUGGUAUAACAUUAAUUUAUUAAUGAAUUGGUAAUAUACAAAACAAUAAUCAUUUAUAGUUUUUGUAAUUUAAGUGGCAUUUCUAUGUAGGCAGCACAUUGGACUAGUUAAUCUGUUGCUUGGACUUAACUAGUUAUCAGAUCCUCUGAAAAGAGAAAUAUUUACAGAAUAUAACUAAUUCGAAGAAGACGAAGGUUUUGAUUUAUUUGUGUUUAAACCCUGCUGUCAGCUGAUGGUUUCUGAACCACCUAAAUGCCCGUAGUGAAGGAACCCCUUGCUAAGAAGGUGUUUUGUUUUGAUGCGCAACUCUGCCCCUGGGCUCGAGUAACAUUUAACUGGACUUCGCAAGACACGUGGUACCAGCAUUCUCUUAAAAAGGUGCCUUAAUGCCUUAAUCCAUUCCUCAAGGAUGGACCUUUGCUGAGAUGAUAGAAGAAUGUACUUCUCUGUGGCAGCUGGCCUUCUGCCCCUGAGUUGCACAUUAAUCAGAUUAGCCUGUGUUCUCGUCCGUGAAUUUUGAUAAUGGCUUCCAGAUUCACUGGUGUUAGAGAAGCCUUUUAGGACCUUUACGUCUCAUCAUAGAAAAUUGAAACAGAGUUUUCUGUUGAUAGUUUUGGGGAUACUUCCAUCUUUUUAAGGGAUUGCUUCUGGCAGGACCUCACCAAAAGAUCCGGCCUAAUAUGAACAUCAGACAAAAUAUUACCGUGUUGUUCCUUCUGUAAUUAAAGUAUCGUGUUUUGCUUUCAAAACGCCCACUCACCCUGAAAUAGCCUUGCACGUGAAUGCAGAUUACACUGAUUUUACGUGUUACGAAAUUGGAGAAAGUAUUUAAUAAAACCUGUUAAUUUUUAUACUGACAAUAAAAAAAUGUUUCUACAGAUAUUAAUGUUAACAAGACAAAAUAAAUGUCAUGCAGCUUAUUUUUUUAAUA